GGGGGCAACGGAGUGACUUGUGCGUUAGUGCGUCCGCUGACCCACUGCCGUUCAGAGGAUCCCAGUUCGGCUGCAACGUCUCGUGUAAACGCUUAGGAAAUUGCAGGUUGGGGAAGUCUUUUUGUAACGAGUGGAGACCGUCGCGAGGGAGAAGCCCUCCUGAAGGAAGGACGCGUCAGGAGAAUGACUUGAAAAUCAUUGGCUGAAGUGAGUGGACAACGAUGAAGUGAACCAGCUUAGAAACUGACGCUGAAGUUUAUAUCUUCGCUUUUUAGCGGAAAUAACUGAAAAGAUGAUCAUUCCAGAUAGGAAGAUGAAUACAGAGUGACUCGCGAGGAUUUGUGAAGUGGUGAUAGGAUGGUAUUUCCUAUGAUUUGUGUUUGCGUGUUUCGAUGAGCAUUUUCCCUUCAUAGCAAAGCGAAUCGGAAUUCAGAAUGGUGUUCCCGGGGAUCAUAAGAAAGCUGAACAAGAACCUGCCAGCUUUGCUGCAGACGAUCGUCAUCAUAUGCCUCAUCCACUAUAUGGGUCAGAGUGUCCUGCUGAAGUUCCAAAAGAAACUACACCUAGGGCGUUUCUCUCAAGUCGCUUCUUCAACCCAUCGACCUCCGACUGGAGGAGGAGGAGGAUCUGGAGGAGUGCCGGCAUGGAAGUCCAACGCUCGAGGACCCUCCAAGUUCGGAGGGGGUUUCAGCCGCAGCCAUGGGCCCUCCCGAAGCACUUCCUCGACCACCACGACAACCACAACCACCCCAAUCCCACCUUUCGAGGAUGAUAUCAUGAGGGAAGAGCAGCAGCGUCGUCUUGACAUCCUCCAGGAGACUUGCACGAGAUGGAAUUUAGGCCUCUGGGCAAAGGGCAACAACAGCAACGUGACUGACGAGGAAAAAUCAGCUUUGUCAACGUUGCCCAAAAAUCCUUUGUACCAAGCACUGCUGGUAUCUGAAAAGUACCACAUGGCAGUUUGCCCCGUAGCUAGAGCAGGAAUUCAGUGGCUCUCCCGUCGUCUCCUGCAGCUUCUUGGAAAAUUUGACGAGCGCCAAUUGUUGCACUUGCAAGAACCGCCAUCUGCAAUUGCUAGACACAAUUUUCCAUACCUGAGUUCUUGGGAGAAAUACCCAUCAGUUCUGUCAAAUAGUGUUACGUUACUGAUGGCCCGCCACCCUUUAGAUCGCCUUCUUGCAUCGUACAGGUAUUUACUGGAAGAUCCUGAGAGGAAUCCCCAUGGAUACCUUCAUUACGGCCGUCGCAUCGUUCGCAGUUACCGCCUGGCACCCGGUCACGGAAAAGCUCCGACGUUUGAAGAAUUCGUCAGGUUUCUUUUGGCAAGGGACAUGAGCCACAUGGAGGAGGCCUGGCAACCUGCGAUACGCCGCUGCACCCCUUGCCACAUACCCUACAACGUCAUUACCCAUUAUGAAACAUUGUGGCAUGAUGUGCAGUGGGCGUGGAAGAAAGCGGGCCUUGGUUCAUUGAAUACAACAGAUUAUGUGCAAUACACGAUGACCCCAGAAAUUCGGCGCCAGUACUUUUCUGAGCUGACCCUGGCGCAAGUGCUCCAGCUGUAUCAGAAGUACAAACUAGACUUCGAUCUCUACGGCUACUCCUUGGAGGAGCACAUGGCAUACGCUAGGCCGGGCGACGAAGCACCAGAUCUCAAGCUGAUGGCGAUCGUUCCGCGUAAGAACACCGACAACCUGCAAAAGUUACUUUCAGAGUCAAAGGCAAAAGCUAAUUACGUUUCCGAUGACGUCAUUGGUGAGAGACAAGCACCCGCACCAGCGGCUGUGAGUUCGAGUGUGGCAGCAGUUAUCCCUAACGAGACAGUCGUUGAUGUAAAUGACAACUUUAUUGAUAAUGGUGAAGGUGAUUUGUUCCCACAAGAAAAAUAGAUAUUUUGUGGCGUGAGUCUUACGAACUUGGCAUUAAGAAUCUAUUUAUAUUACGUACAAUUUCAUACACAUACAAAAGGAUUUUAUUUUUAGUGUGAAAGGGUGAAUAUUUGUGUGAUAUAUUUAACAGUUUCAUACUGAUACCUAGGGUAAGAUAUUAACUGCUGAGUUUAGUGCUGUCAAUUUAAGAGUGAUAAAAUGGAGCUCAAUCAAGCUACUUUUGAAGUUGUCCAUCAGACUUCAUAGGACAUUUUGAAAUAAAAUUUUAUAAAACAAUGUUUGUUUGGAAAAGAAACCACCAUUUUCUUUAGGCAUUAACAACUUAACAGUUGUAAGAGUUUUAUGUAUUUCCAUCAUACUGAAGCGGAUUGUUAUUGCAACGUAGCACAGAAUAAGCAAAAUAAGUAAAUAUUCAGGAAGUAUUCUGCCCCUCUUGACGUGAACAGUGAAGAACCUAACAGGUGGAUUGCAACUGUGGUGGAAAAAGGCAAAGGGUCCGUACUCAUUCCAAGUAGGGGUUCCUAGUACGCCUCCCCUAGAAAUCCGCAAAGUGAGUCAAUGGGGAAGUUUAUUUCCCCUUCAAAUAUGACCGCAACAAAAUCUUCCUUUCUGCUUGGUUUAAAACGAAUAAAAAGCUAAUCCACCUUUAAGCAUCAGGUCCUUUCUCUGUCCAGUAUCGAUCGUAUUAUGAAAUAAGUUGUUUGUAGUCAUUCAUUGCAAUUGUAUAUGUUUAAGUCACAAUUUUUCAAUGCCCCUUUUUUAUGAGAAACUAAUUUCGCUUAGUGGUAUAAUGUACGUUAUCAAAAGAAGUAUUUUUUUUUUUUGCUAAUGCAAUUGUAUUUCAUGUUACUUUCACGAAGUUUCUAUUAGCUUUCAAAGAAUUAUUUCCUUGUAAAAAACAAUACUGUAAAGGAA